AUGCUUGGAGCCUUAGAGCUGGCCUGCUCGUACAGGGCGUGGGAUCAUAAAAGACGGCAUCAACAUGAAGACAAGGAGAAGAAAAGUAUCAAGAAAGAUAUCAAAAAAGUGGCCGGCAAAGCUCGUCUCGGCGAGCACGAGUUCAUUUCCCUGGAGUCAGUAAUGGCCGAGUUUAAACUCUCCAAUAACACUCUUCGACGAAUGAUGUCACAUAUGAGUGACAACAUGGACCGAGGGCUUGAAAGCGGAUUACAAGUCAGUGCUAAAAAUUUGACACAGAUAAGAAUUUCCUUCAAACGCGGCAAAUUCGUCGCUAUGGAUUUGGGUGGUACGAAUUUACGAGUGAUGAUUAUGGAGAUUGAACCGGUGAAAAAAUGCGAACGAAACAGUUCAACACACUUAUUCGAUUACAUAGCCAAAGCGUUAGCCGAUUUCCUCAUCGAGAAAGAUUUGGCCGACGAAAACCUACCGGUCGGCUUCACGUUUUCUUAUCCAUGUGACCAGACCGGUCUUCGGAGCGCCACCUUGUUACGAUGGACAAAAGGAGUCACAGCGACUGGAGUUGUUGGCAAGGACGUUCGGAUCAAAGUGGAAGUCGUGGCGCUGAUCAACGACACUGUCGGAACGAUGGUCGCAGCCGCAUAUGAGGCGAAUGGAGAGUGCGAUAUUGGAGUAAUCAUUGGAACUGGAACAAAUGCCUCCUAUAUGGAAAAUUCGAAAAAGAUCAUUCAUGGCUUAUCAAAUGCAAGCGAGCCCUAUAAUCAUAAACAGAUGAUCAUCGAUACCGAAUGGGGAGGAUUUGGCGACAACGGAGAAGCCGAGUACAUCUUUACUCAGUACGAUAAGAUCGUCGAUGAACGUUCCGAUCAUCCUGGAGUGAACUCACUCGAUAAACUGGUUGCCGGUAUGUGUAUGGGUGAAAUUGUUCGUCUUGUACUAGCGAAACUGUGUACCCAUAAGGUACUUUUCAAUGGAAACGGCUCUAAACUCCUGUACACAAUCGGUUCAUUUCCAACCAAAUAUAUUUCUGAGAUUUUAAAUGAUGACUGUGGAUCGUAUUCGAAUACGAGGCAAAUUAUGGACGAGUUGGGUAUCGACGAUUACACAUUCUCCGAUAUGUUGUUGUUCCGCGAAGUCUGUUUGGUGGUCUCACGACGAAGUGCAAAUCUCAGUGCUGCAGCAAUUACCUGUGUGCUGAAUCGAGUACGCCGACCGAAAAUGGUCGUCGCCAUCGACGGCAGUACCUACAAGUACCAUCCGUUCUUCGAUCAUUGGGUUGUCGACAAAAUCAAGGAGCUCAUCGAUCCCGGCCUUGAG